AUGGAUGGGGAGGCUGACGAUGAGGAUGAUGAUGGUGGCUUGAAUGACAGCACCGUGUACUUGAGCGGGUGCCAUCACCAGCAGGCCUCUGACAUUGUCAUCACCGCUGCCAUACGGCGGUCGGUGCCAUGCACGGGCAUGGAGACAGUGAGCCAGCUCGUGGUCUCCAGCGUGGUGGCUGGGAUGUGCACUGAGGGCUGCACUUGCACGUCGUGCACGACAGCUUCUCAUCCCACCGACAGCCACGGGCAUUGCACCUUUGCUGUGAUUGAGUGCUGCCAGCACGUGGCCCCACCUCAACCUGCCACAUCAUCAUCACCAUCCCCGACACUGCCAUGUCUGUGCUUCUCCCUGACCAUCUCAACUGCUGCUGUUUUCCGCCACCUCAUCUCCUGCCAGCGAGGCAUUCCACCGCGGCCACAGCCGUCACUGCACACUGCCGGUUUCAAGCAGCUCACUGCGGUGGAUGCUGUUGGACCACCACACCGUUGUUGGAAGAGGGAUUGGCCCGGCAGCAAGGGGGCGGCCAUCGUGUUUCUGGUUCGCAUGCAUGUGCUGGCCAACGUGGCGCAGGAGCGGUUCAAGGACUACGACAACGAUUCUGUGCCGUUCAUGAAGAACAUUCUCCAACACUCAAACGACAGGCAAUACCGCAUGCUGCGCGGCCUGAUGGGCGUGUUUGUUUGCAAGGACAUGUUUGCGCCGGAUGCACACGAGCUCAUGCGCGUUAUGCAAGCCAGCGCCGCCCAGAUUGAGGAGGAGGAUCCACAAUCCACAUACAUCCACACAAGGGCUCCCGGCUCCCGCGAAUCGCCCAACUCCAGCGCGACCGAGAACUGCAUCUCCGCCUUUGUCAAGAUUGCACACAACCCAGCACACGGCCUCUCAAAGAUGCUGACACAUCUGCUUGACUGGCUGUCUAUUACAGAAGACGACGAUGAAGCAAAGUACAUCUUCACAUACCUCGUCGAGGUCCUCCAAGCGCAAGAUCCACGCGAGACUGCGCCUGAGAGCCCGGUGAAGAUUGUGCGGGCGUUUGUUUGUGCAGGUGAUUGGCACCCCCGCGGCCGCCGUCGACGAGCCCCACUGCCAGGGCAUGUACACAGCCUCAUGAAUAUGCAGGAUUCGCCUGCCCACGGCGUGUUGAGGUAUUUGAUGCAGGACCCCGAGGUGCACACCCGCGUGCAGCGCGCUGUUGAGGCACUUGGCUCGUCCGCGUAG